UGUCCAGUGAGCAAAUGUCUAAUGAGCAAAUGUCCAGUGAAUAACUGUCUAAUGAGCAAAUGUCCAGUGAACAACUGUCUAAUGAGCAAAUGUCCAGUGAACAACUGUCCAGUGAGCAAAUGUCCAGUGAACAACUGUCUAAUGACCAAAUGUCCAGUGAACAACUGUCCAGUGAGCAAAUUUCCAGUGAACAACUGUCUAAUGAGCAAAUGUCCAGUGAACAACUGUCUAAUGACCAAAUGUCCAGUGAACAACUGUCCGGUGAACAAAUGUCCAGUGAACAACUGUCUAAUGAGCAAAUUUCCAGUGAACAACUGUCUAAUGAGCAAAUGUCCAGUGAACAAUUGUCCAGUGAUCAAAUGUCCAGUGAACAACUGUCUACUGAGCAAAUGUCCAGUG